AGCCUCCAUACACUGCUCCUUCCCUUUGUGUAAUUACAUUAUUGUGCUCUCUCUCUCUCAUCCUCUCUCUCUAUCUCUCUUUCUCUCUCUCUGCAUAGAAAAACUAGAGCUAAGAAGAAAAAGCAGUCAACCACAACCGUGGAGGGGUUAUUUCCAUGGAAGUUGGCCGGAAAAUGUCCAACUACAGCUUGAACAACCUCAAAGAGACCGAACUUUGCCUAGGCUUGCCCGGCGGAGGAGGCGGUGAAGCCGACACCGUGAGGGUCACCGGCAAGAGAGGGUUUUCGGAGACCGUUGAUCUGAAACUCAACCUUCAGCAGCCAAAUGAGUCAGUUGUUGCGGAUCUGAUGAAGGAGAAGAUGGUCAACGGCGCUACAACUACUAAUGAGAAAAACCACCUUACCGAAACUAAGGACCCGGCCAAGCCACCGGCCAAGGCACAGGUGGUGGGUUGGCCACCAGUUAGGUCGUACAGGAAGAACGUAAUGUCUCAGAAGACUACCACCACCACCGAAGUGGCUGAGAAGACUAGCGGCAGUGGCGGGGCAGCCUUCGUGAAGGUUUGCAUGGACGGGGCACCAUACCUUCGCAAGGUGGACUUGAAAAUGUACAAGAGCUACCAACAGCUCUCUGAUGCCUUGGCCAAGAUGUUCAGUUCCUUCACCAUGGGUAACUAUGGGACCCAAGGAAUGAUAGAUUUCAUGAAUGAGAGGAAGUUGAUGGAUUUAUUGAACAGCUCUGAGUAUGUGCCUAGCUAUGAAGAUAAGGAUGGAGACUGGAUGCUUGUGGGUGAUGUACCAUGGGAGAUGUUUGUCGAUUCAUGCAAUCGCCUGCGCAUAAUGAAAGGAUCCGAAGCAAUUGGACUUGCACCAAGAGCCAUGGAGAAAUGCAAGAGCAGGUGCUGAAUGGAAACACUUGCUUGAGAGAGGGGAUGGAUCCAAACAGGGUGUUGUUUGUAUGUGUUUUGUAUUUUUGUUUCAUAGUAUAUAUAUUAUAAUAUGAUAUAUAUAUAUCCAAGAUCUGGACAUUUGUUAAUGUGGACAAGAAGCAAUAAACCUAUCUGUUGUGAUC